GGCUGGUGAAGUUGCUGCUGGAACAGUCGAUGGCACAGUAUCUGUCAAUGGACAGUCAAUCGAUCCAGGUCGCAUCAUGCGCCGCAUUGCAGGAUUCGUCUUCCAAGAUGAUAUCAUUCUCGGCACCAUGACCGUUCGCGAGGCCAUUACCAUGUCGGCGCUGCUUCGCUUGCCGCGGAGUCUGUCUCUGGAAACCAAGAUGACGCGUGUGGAUAUAGUCAUCCAAUUAUUGCGCCUAGACAAGUGCGCUGACACGUUGAUUGGUAGCGCUCACGUGAAGGGUGUUUCAGGUGGUGAGCGCAAACGAACUGCUGUGGCCAUGGAAAUGAUCACCAACCCUUCUAUUCUGUUCUGCGACGAGCCGACGUCUGGCCUCGACGCAUUCAGUGCUUUCAGCCUGUGCCAGACACUAAAAUCACUGGCUGAUGCGGGCUGUACUGUGGUCGCCACCAUCCAUCAGCCUUCGUCUGAGGUUUACCACAUGUUUGACGAGCUUCUGUUGCUCGCAGACGGUCGCGUCAUGUACAUGGGCGAGCUCGAGUACGCGGUCGAGUACUUUGGCGCGCGUGGCUUCUCGUGCCCGCGCUACACCAAUCCUGCGGAUUACUUUUUCAUGAGCAUUCUGAACGACGCUACGCACUCCGUGUUUGUCGAGGAUGCGGAGCAGGAGGAGAAGGUGAAGGAAGAACAGGAAGAGGAAGGGAAAAACGUGAUUGUUGCCCCCAACCCGCUCCCUGUCCCCAUGGAUCUCGAUGCCGUCGCGGACUUUCUCUUGCGGGACGCAACCGAGACUGGCAGCUAUCACAGCGCAAUGGAGGACAUUGUCACCAAGCAAGAAAGCCCGAUCAACGAAAAGGCCGACGUUCGUGUGCAGCGCUUGCUCAACUUGUGGCCCACCUCUGAGCAAUCCGCAUUUAUUAAGAAUCGAGCGGACAACCCUGCACACACAGAUGGUGUCAAGAGCACCGAUCUUAAAGUUGGCGCGUCGUUUUCUACGCAGUUCAUGUUUCUCGGUGGUCGCGCGUUCAAGAAUGCCUUGCGAAAUAGGUUUAUGGUCCGCGCCCGUUUGGGCCAGACAGUAUUCCUCGGUCUGCUUGUCGGAUUGAUUUUCUUGCAGAUCGGUGAUGACCAAGCAUCGGUGCAAAACCGCACUGGUGCGCUUUUCUUUGUUGCUACCAAUAUCAUCAUGACUGGUACGAUGGGAACCAUGACUGUCUUCUCGACCGAAAAGAACGUGUUUUUGCGCGAAUUUUCGUCGCGGUACUACAAGCUCUUCCCCUAUUUUGCCAGCAAAAUACUGGUUGAGCUUCCAUUUAACAUCUUCUUCCCAUUCCUUUACGUUGCCAUUCUGUACUUUCUGAUUGGCUUCCAAGCAACUGCAACAAAGUUCUUCAUCAUGGCAUUCACGACCGUCUUGCUGGCCAACUGCGGCGCCGCGUUCGGUCUUUUAGUUGGCAGCAUGACGAGCGAUCUUACGGUGGCCAUGGCCUCGGUUCCCAUGAUUCUGCUGCCAUUAAUCAUUUUCAGCGGUCUCUUGCUCAAUCUCGACGACACGCCGUACGAAUUCUACUGGGCCCCAUACAUUAGUCCAGUUCGGUACGCGUAUGGUGCCUUCUUGAACAACGAGAUGGAUGGGCUUGUCUUCACCUGCACACUGCCGAACGGCAUGGAGCACCGGGGGUUGGGCUGCCCCAAUCCCACCGGCGAGGCUGUCGUCAGGAAUCUUUCCUUCCACACGCUGUCCGUCCUGGAAAACUGCAUCAUCUUGAUCUGCAUCUGGGUGGUUCUUUUGGGCAUUGGGUAUACCUGCUUGUACCGGGGCUCUCGAAGGCCAUCUGGCGCCAGAAUGCUGUCCAGGGCGAGAUCCUCCUCAACUGCUACAGAGUAGUAGCGAAUUGUCAUGCCGAUGUUGUUUUUCAAGCCAACGUCUUGGCAUCGUUGUUGUGUGUUUGUUUGUUUUUCGCUUUCGGUUUGAGAACGCUUAAUUAUCGACACUAAUCACGACCGAUGAGAACACAACGAUCUGCCACC